AUGGCCGAUUUCUACACGAGUCCGUACGCCGGGGCGUUUUUCUACCAUCUGGACUCGCUUGCAAGCGACGAAUGGGCCUCGCAAUUGCAAGAUCUGGCCUCGUACUACGAGCUGUUGAAAGUGGCAGAGACCAGUGCGUCUGCGGGCGUCGCGGAACGCAUCGCCGAGGUGUACGUCCCGCGUAUUUCCAUGACAGAGCAGAAUUACGACGGUCCGUGGUUUAAGGACGUGGUGAAAAACUACCAGGUGAUUCCGCCAGAGGAGUAUCCGGCCGGAGCUGUGCAGGACGAUAUCGUGUUUGCCUUCAGAUACACCUCGUUUGUGAUCAACCCAGUGCAGUAUCUGCACUACUUGCUGUUCCAGUGCGCGGACAACGGCGUCGAGUACAUCCGGCGCAGUGUGUCGUCGCUGGAUGAGGCACGGACGCUGUUUCUGCGCGACGGCGAGUUUUGCGACGCCGAUCUCGUGGUCAAUUGCACGGGAAUCGGCGCGUUCGACCUGAACGUGGCAGACAGGAAAAACAGACUCCCGAUUAAAGGCCAGACUCUUCUUGUGGAGAACGUGGCGGAGAAACUAAUCAUUGUCGAGGCAAUGGAUUCACAGCACCCGACCGAGUCGCUGUAUGUGAUUCCGCGUGCUGGCUACGGAACGUUGUUAACAGGAACGUAUUUGUACGGCGACGAUUCCACCAACUUCGAUCCGGCCUUGACCGAGAGAAUCAAGGCUAGGGCUCUCAGGUACGCUCCCGAGCUUGUGAGCACGAGCUACAUGAAAAACAGACCUGAAUUGGUCGAGGUGCGCCAGUUUGUUGGUAUUCGACCAGGCAGAGAGGGCGGAGUCAACGUUUCCAGAGACGGCUGGACGAUCCACAACUACGGGUCAGCCCACUCGGGGUACCAGAACUCGUACGGACUGGCCAACGCGGUGAUCCGCCUUGUUGAGACCGUGCGUAGCAAGCUCUAG